AUGUCACUUGGAAGUGUCAGCAGCCUGACUCCAGCUUCAUUCCUCCUCAAUGGCAUCCCUGGUCUGGAAGAGGCUCAUCUGUGGCUCUCCUUCCCGCUGUUUACCAUGGACAGCAUUGCUCUCACAGGGAACUUUGGACUCAUCUAUCUUAUAUACUCGGAAAGGCCUAUGUACAUCUUCCUCGCCCUUCUUUCGUUCACAGAUGUGCUCAUGUGCACCAGCACUGUUCCCAACACGCUUUUCCUCUUCUGGUUCGGUCUGAAGGAGAUUGACUUCAAGGCCUGCCUGGCCCAGAUGUUCUUCGUGCACACCUUCACAGGAAUGGAGUCCGGGGUGCUGAUGCUCAUGGCCCUGGACCGCUAUGUGGCCAUCUGUUACCCUCUGCGCUACGCCACCAUCCUCACUAAUGUGGUCAUUGCCAAGGCAGGGACGCUCACUUUCCUCAGAGCCGUAUUUCUCGUCAUCCCUUUCACUUUCCUCACCAAGCGCCUGCCGUACUGCAGGGGUAAUGUCAUCCCCCACACCUACUGUGACCACAUGUCUGUUGCUAAAAUAUCCUGUGGCAAUGUUCAGAUCAAUGCCAUCUAUGGCCUGAUGGUUGCCCUCUUGAUUGGGGACUUCGACAUCCUGUGCAUCUCAGUUUCCUACACCAUGAUCCUGAGGGCAGUGGUCAGCCUGUCCUCAGCAGACGCCCGGCAGAAGGCCUUCAGCACCUGCACUGCCCACAUCUGCGCCAUCGUCAUCACCUACGUCCCGGCCUUCUUCACUUUCUUCACGCACUGCUUUGGGCGGCACACCGUCCCUCCCCACAUACACAUCAUUAUGACUAUGUAUAAUGAUAGUCCCUCCACCUGCUCAUGCCUCCCACCGUGA